CGUCGGCGUAGGGGGAAGAAAGCUCAUCACGCCAAUUCCAUCGACAUCAUUGCGCCUUCGGCGUCCACUUCCUUUUUGUGUCCUUUGGUCUCGCUCGUAUCUUCCUGGCGCCGGUCGUCAUCCCGGUGCUUGUGACACAGCAUGUCUCGACGUCAAUUGUUGCAGUCUGCGUCCUCGAUUGGUUCGUCCAUUCUGGCUUCAUCACAGUCAUGUCGGCGCUCGACGUGCAUCUUUCAGCAGAUACGUGGCAUAAAGUACGAGUCUUUUGAAGAGAGGAGACAGGCGGCCAAGGAAUGGGCCGCUACCGAAGGUAGACGCUACAUGCGGCCGCGCAGAGGACAGACAAACUAUCUAUCCUUUCGGAGAGGCGAGGAAGAUGACGUUUCACCCUCCGCUGGUGAACAAAGUGGCGACGGUUUUGGGCAAGAGGCGGAAGCUUCGGACCCGUGGGAAGACGCUGCCGCUGUUGAGAAGCUUAAGCAGGAGCACGACCUGUCCGACGAAGCGAUCCAGGCCUACCGGCAGAAGCACGAAGGUCUGACGCCUAGCAUUCUGGCUGAGUCAUUGGCCGAUGGGCUCAGCGACGUGGAGAUAUCAGAGGCAAUAUCGAGACAUGCCGCUGCCCGAUUCGACGCGGACGAAGCGUCAAGGGUCGAAGCUGGCCGCCUGCUGGCCAAAAAUCAAACUGCCAAUGCGAAGCCGGAAAGACGGCCGAACCUGAGGCCAUUCCCCAACAACACGGCCUUCAUGAGCCAGCCGGUCCUCAGCGAGGAACUGCGCGAGAUGAUCUAUCUGAAGGUCGUCCGGGACCAGAUGACCGUGCGAACGGUCAGCACCCUGUUCGGCGUCAGCAUGGAGCGUGUCGGUGCUGUGGUGCGGAUGAAGCAGAUGGAGCGCGAUUGGGUGAAGAAGGGCAAACCUCUCGCCGUUCCCUACUCUCGCGCAGUCCUCGACAUGCUCCCCCAAACUCCCUUUAUUGACCCAACGGAUCCCAAGAAUAUAUCUCCUUCUACCGGCAAACCGCGCCCACAGCCACCCCAUGAGCCUCUCAACGAGAUUCCUGUCCACCCUGCAACGACACACCAGACCUUCGUCUCCGUGCCUGAGUCGCGUACAUUCACCCGUGAAGACGCAGCCAAGGCGUUCCACCCAAAUCUCAAGAGUCCCGAUGAGCGUAUUCCGCACCCCGAGCUCCUUGCCAUUGAGAAGUUCAGGCUACACGGAGCCAAGAACAGCGAACUGCAAGCUUUCACGCGGGACAUCAUCGAAAAGGAAAAGCAAGAACUUGCAGCCAGAGCCCGGCGUGAGGCUGCGAAGGAGAAGGCCACUACCAAAGUUUAUGAGGGAAGGCGGUGGCAAUUCAAGAUCCAGGACAUUAGUGUAGAAGAUGCUGGGCGUGAUGGCAGGGAUCCAAGGGGAGUCGGAUGGAGAUACGGGGUGCCGCAUGACGAUCGGAAGAGAGGCACGGUUAAGAUUCCUACAAGCGUGUCAUGAGAGUAACGUCAUACCGUUUUUCUGUAUGCAUCAAAGCUGGGUUGCGUCGGCAAAGUGUCCGGCGUCUGUACAAUGUAUGUAUCUAUACCUGUCCGCUUUGUGCCUGUGACAUGGGCUCUGUACUAUAUCUCAUAUCGCGAGUUGCAUCCAUCUAGUGCUGGCCCAUCUGUCUGGGCUGUUUUUCCCACGGUCCUUUUUUUCCUUUUUUAACGUGGCGCAUGUGGUCAAUGUAGAAGGAG